AUGAUGAAUCGUGUGCUAUUUUUUCUUCUCUUGGUGCUGAGUGCUGUUUGUGUGGGUGCUGAGGCUGGUGUGGAAGCUGCAGGGCAGGAUGUUGAAGAGCAGGCUACUGAAGUACAUGCUUCUCUUGGUCAUCGUCCUGGUAUUGCGGAGACAAGAGAAGGAUUGGAAACGACACAAGGUCUUGCUCCUGGUCCUGGCCGCAGUGAACUUGUUGGAGAUCAUCAUAAAGGUCCUGAAGCGGAUCUGAAGGGCCCAGAUGUGGAUUUGAAAGGGCCUAAGGUGAACGUGGAUCCGCAGCAUCAAAGAGGGAAAGAAGAACGGCCUGCGGAAGAUACUCAAGAAGUUGGAAACCUGCCUGAGAGGGGAAAUCACGCAGGAAAAGGUCAGAACCAUCAUGCACAAGCUUCGGUUUCUGAACCUACUUCACGUUCUCCUAAUACUCGUUCUUCAGCAGUUCUUCCUACUACAUCA